AUGGUGGAAAAUAAUGAUAUUGAAAUUAAUGUUUCUAAACUUGACUGCGUCAAGGAAGUUAUUAGUACUGCGGAAACAGUAUCCACUGCAGUUUCAGCUUUCGUGCCUAUCGCAGCUGUAGCAACUGCUGUACUUAAAUUGUGUGAAGAAAUAUGUAUCAUAUAUCAGACAGCACAAUGUAACGAAGGAAUGUGUGGUAUAUUACUAGAUCAAGUACAAUUAGCUGAAUAUCCUAUUAAGAAAUUAUUGCGAAGAAAAGAUGCUUCUCUUGAUAAAGAAUAUUGCAAUAAUUUGAUAAAAUUUAGACAGACUUUGGAGAAAAUAAAGAAUUUUGCUAAACAAGUAUCUCAGCUUAGGGGUUUUAAAAAGUUUAGCACCGCUAAUAACGUAAAAGAAACAUUUGAUAUCUUGUCUAAAGAAUUCGAUACACGCAUGAAAGUUUUGAAUUUCAGUACCUUAACUCUCAAUGAGGAACAAAGAAUUAUUGAUCAACAACGAAUAGAUAACGGUCUUAAAAGAAUAAUUGAUUGGAUGGAUAAAUUAGACGAUAAAGUCGACACGAAAUUGCAGUUUGCUGCAGAGAUGAUAAAUCGAGCUGAUGAUGAUAAAUCAGAUUUUAAACCAACAAGCAUAGAUCCGAAAUUAUUACAAGAUCUAACUGUCAGCGUUCGCUCUGGAAAAGUAGUCAAGAAAAAGUAUAUAUCACAACAAACUGAAGUUGCUUACAGAAAAGAAUUGAUUAAAUAUUUAACAAUGGGUGCUAACAACGGAAAUAGAGAUGCGUUAUUUAAUUUAGGCAAUAUGACAUAUAAAAAAGAUUUCGAACAAGGGUUAAAUUAUUUGAAGUUGGCAGCUAUCAAAGGACAUCCGAAGGCAAUAGAAAAG